AUGCAUAUUUUUAAUUUGUAUAAUAUUUUAUUAGUAUGCCUUAUUGGCAUUGUAUAUUCAUCAUGGCAUGAUGAUUAUGACAUAGAUCCUAUCAAGAAUGAUACAAGUAAAAAAUUUACAAAAAAAAAAAUAUCAUCCAAAAAGAAAAGAUACGCUUUAGAUAUAAGAUCUUUUGGAGAGCAAUGUGUUAUUAAAUAUGAAGAAAUAUGUGAGACUGGAAAUUAUGAUAUUCAUAUAAAAAAUGGAAUAAAAGGUCAUGCUGUUAAGGUAAUGCUGGUUCAAAAAAACAAAAGUGACCUUGUUUCAGUACAUAGUUUAAAUGAUCGUUUUUCUGAUAGUGGAUAUGCUAUAUUCCAUUUUAAGAAUAUUCCAUCAAUGCAUUAUAGUAUAAUAUUAGAAGUAUCAGAUUUAAUACAUAAUAGUGAUUAUGACAUAGGAGAAGGAUGCAAUUGUAUUAAAUGCAAUGACUACAAAAGGGAGAUAGAUUUAGAAAAAAUUGAAGAUAAGUUAAUACAUAAAAUAAGAAGUGAUACAAAAAACUUAUUAUUAUAUCCACAGAAAUCAUUUGUUAAUGGAAAAUAUUUAUUUGAUAGAUUUUUGCUCUUUCAUGCAGAGAGAAACAAAAAAACCAUAGAAGAUUAUGAAACUCUGUAUAGAGAUUAUUAUGAAUUAGUAUAUCCAUGCUCUGGUAUUAUGAUGACUCAUUCUGAAAAAUACAAUUUAAAUUAUGAUUUAACUAGUGUGAAAUGCUAUUAUGUACAUCUAAUGGACAAAUUUUUAAAAAAAAUAAAUUCAAACAGUACAUAUAUAUUGAAAUUUAAAACUCCAAUAUUACUAGAAUUCGAACAAAAUGCAUCUAAUGAUGAUAUUAGAAUUACUCCUAAUUAUACUAUUUAUCUUCCUUUAAAAUAUAAAGAUAGUUUCUAUGUUCCUAGAGGUACUGUUAAUGGUAGUUUGGUAACAAUUAACACUUAUAAUUACCUUUUUAGUAACAAAUAUAUAUACAAAAAUAAUAAUUACAACAGAAUGGAACAUGUACAUUUAUUUAGAAUAUUUUUUAAAUUAUUCUCAAAACAUAAUAGUAUUUCAAGUGAAGAAAUGCUACAAUACACCACUGGAAUGACUUUGGAAAAACCUCCUACAUACAUGGACAAACCUUAUAACAUAUAUUCAGAAGAGUUAGCAGUUUUAUUAAACUCUUUGAAUUUCGAAUUUAAUGCAGAUUUAAUUGGUCUUAAAAAAAAUGCUGUAAUUUUAGAUGAACGCGUAUAUACGUCACAUUAUAAUUCAAACUCCUAUGCAUAUAUAGAAAAUAAUCAGUUGGUAUUAAGAGAAUCCUCAGAAAUAUGUUUAGUUACUUUGGGAUAUAUUGCACAAGAACUCAGCGAAUACAUAAAUAAUAAAUUAAGUGAAGAAAAUAAAAGUAAAUGUCAUAUUUUAAAAAACAGUGCCAGUUAUGCUAACAUAUCAACUAUGCAUUUCACAUAUGAAUUAGAUUGCAACAGUACAUUAUAUUAUAUGGAAAGUAUAAUAAACCAAGAUGAGAAUAUUAAACCUUUUUUAAGUAAUAAAACAAUAAUUGAAGAUAUUAGUGUGAAGUUAUUAUAUGAUGAUAUAUUUUCAUAUUCUAUACUCUUGUACGUCACAAUUAAUGAAUAUAUUGUUGACAUUAUAAAAAAAUAUGCUCCAAAAUAUUUAAAUGAGCAAACUGCUAUUACACUCACAGUAGUUGGACGUAGAAGUGAUGACAUGGAAGAACAAUUUGAUCAUGAAUUAAAAAAAAUCGUGUUUCCAAUAUAUUGCGAUAAAAAUUGUUCUUCAUAUGAACCCAUAAUAAUAAAAGAUAAUCUUGAUUAUAUAGCUAUAAAUAAAAUAUGUAUCGAAAAUAUGAGAUUACCUUCUAUUUGUCUUUCUGAAUAUUCUUUCUCAUAUAUUUUUGAUACUAGAUUAUUAAGAGUAUAUACCUUAAAUUUAAAUCCUUAUCCUGAAACUGUACUUACUUUAGGAGUACAUACUGCUAUAACUGAAGAAUAUUAUUGUGUUUUAAUGAGACAACCAAAUAUUAUACCAAAUAACAAUAUUCCCAAUGUGUAUAUUGAUAAUGUUUGUAAAGAGUUAAUUAAUCGUUGUGAUCUUUUAACGACUAAAGUUUUUGUUGAAAAUGUUACUGCAUCUUCCAAUAUAAAAAAUAUUUACAGUCAUUCAAAACUCUCAUUUUUAACUGGUUUUCAUGAAAAACAUGAAGAAAUGCUUCAAAUUACAUACUCCACGGAAAAUACUAAUAUUAAAAAAAAGCAUCUCUUAACGCAUUACAGCGACGGUUUUUACACUAAUAUGCAUGAUAACAAAAUUAGUUUAGAACGUGAAAAAGAACGUUUUAAGAGAUCAUUACAAACACAAAAUUAUUAUGAUGAAGGCGAUGAUUAUUAUAAUGAUGAUUUACAAGUAGAAGAAAACCAAUAUAAUAUUGAGAUAUUUAAUGAUUUAGAUUUAUAUGAUGAAAAACCUACUCACAUACAAACCUCAAAAAAUAAUGAUAUUUCUUUGUAUCCAUUUGGUCAAAUUUCUGUUAAUUAUAAUCAUCUAAAAAAAAACAUGUAUAUGAAAUUUUUAAAUGAUCAUAUUUAUUUUUAUGAAAAAGAAGAAACAAAUAGUGAUAUAUCACCAUAUUUCAUAAAUGUUUCUCCAUAUAAUUAUGAAUGCUUAGGUGCAUACGCUUACUUGAUCAAUAAGUUUAAUAUAUUAGUAAAUAAUUCAUUAAAUUGUGAAGCAGUAAAUAUGAUUGUAGAGGUUUUAUUAAAAGGGAAUUUAGGAAAAUAUUUUAUACAAAGCAAAAAUAAAAUACAUUUAAAUUUUUUUAAACGUCAUAAAGAUUCAUAUGACGUUUUUGAUCUUGUUGAUGUUGAAAUUUAUGCACCUAACACACCACAGGUUCCUAUUAAUAAAUACACACUUAACGUUAGUAUUGAUGAAAUUAAUCAAAAUUUACUAUAUUUACACAAAAAUAUUGAAUAUACAAAUAAAUACUUUUCAAAUGUAUAUAUUAUGAUGUUUAAGAUAGCAUAUCUGUUUAGUGAUUAUGAUUUCCAUACAUUCUUUAAUGAUUUAACAGGAAUAAUUUUAGUUGACACAGUUAUUUUACAGAAUUUAAGUAAAUUACAACCAAGUGAUAAGAUAAAUAUACAAAAUAUAGAAAAUAUACUGAAAGAUGAAUAUGAAAUUUUCAUUGAAAAACACACUCAACCUUCUGAUAAAAUAAUAAACGAAAUUUCUUUAUUAGCAGCCUAUAUUGUAGAAUUAAGAUCAUCUUACAAAAAAUAUGCAUUUAAUACAGAUAUAAUAUCAUUUGCUGAUAUAAAAUAUUUUGUUUAUGUUGAUGAAUUUAAAUAUAAAAAUAUAAAACAUACAAUUAAUGAAAUGGUUUACAAAUUAUCAAAAUAUAAUGCUCUGGUAAUUAAAAAAAAAGCAUUAUGUUGUUCUAAUUUUGUUAAUGAAGUUGAACAAUCUCUAAAGUAUUAUAUUUUAUAUAAAUACAUCGUUACUGAUAGAUUUGUACAAGAAUCAGAAGCACAUAUUAUUCAAAAAAGCCACAGUAUAAUACAGAAACUGUUGGAACGCCCAAUCUCUUCUAGUGAUAUUCAUACACAGGAUGAAAAUGAAUUAAAUUAUAUUAUUAAUUUAAUUAUGAAUGAAUCUGGAUACAUUCAUAGAAAAAACCCCUCAUUAUAUAUAGAUAUGGAAUGUGUUAAUUUAGACAUAAUAGAUCAUUAUGAAAAUAUUAUAAAAGAGUUUAGAACUUUCAUUGAUUCUAACGGAGUACGUGUCGAUAUGUUAAUGAGUGAUUCAUUACCAGACAAUAGUAUUACAUUAAAAGAAGAUAUGGAUUAUCAUAUAUACUUUUUAUUUAGAAAUUUAUCUAUGCCAUUUAUAGGAAAAACAAAUAAAAAAGAAACAUUAGGAUUAAGAAGAUUUUUAUUAACAAGUGGUACAUUCUAUAGAAGUAAAAAUGGAAAUAUUUUAAGUUGUUACUUAGACAUUGUAAAUAAAGACUCAAUUUUCAUGUUAGAAAAAAUAAUUUUUGUAUCAAAAUCAAAAGACAGAUUAGUAAAAGAGAUAAAUGUUGAAUAUCAAACAUUUUUUGUACAUCCAUUUAAUUUACUUUCAGAUGAUUUUUCUCUUGAUAAAAAUAAUCUAAUUAAAUAUUAUUUUGAGAGUGCAUUAAAAUGCUAUCAUUAUAACGACGGAUUACAAAACUGUGAGUAUCCUCCUUAUUCUUAUGAUGGCUUUACUCCAUAUUAUGUAUCAUAUUUUGAAAAUAACCAAAAAAAAGAAAUAUUAUUCAGUGAUGAUGAGAACAUUGCAAAAGCACUUAAUAAUUUUCCAUUAUUUUUAUCACAUAGAUACAAACUACCAUUAAAUGGAGAAAAAAUGUCUAGUCAUAUUUAUAGUAUUAUUAGAGAUAUCCUACAAGAAAUAACAUCGUCAAUGGGAAUUUAUGAUUUUAGUAAAAAGAAUUGUGAUGUUUUACAUUUGAAUAACAACCAAUUAAAUUUAGAAAAUGAUAAAAAUUCACUUAUUUCCAAUAUAUUAUUUGAUAAUAAGUAUUGCAUAAAUAGAAGCGCUAUUUUUAAUAAAGUACUAAAAAUUUGCACUUUUAAUAAAGAGGAACUAGUGAGUUUAUUUGGUAGUAUGACAAGUAAUAUUUUACCAUAUAGAUUAAAUGAAAACUUUUCAAAUUUAUUAACACUCGAAGAACUAUUGAAUUUAAUAUUUUACUUUACUUCAUCACCACCACAAAUGCUUUCUGAUAUAAAAGCUAUUUCAUUAUAUUUAGAGAUUUCCGAAUUGAAUGAUUCCUCUGAUAAAAAAGUAAUUGUUGAAAAAGACUCUAUUAAAAUUAAUAAAAAAUUACUAAAUUAUGUUGAUAAAAACUCUUUAGUUUUAUUUAAUACAUUAUUGUAUGAACAAUUAUUCAAAUUUAUAUCUGAUGUUAAUGAUAAUAAAAAGUAUAUAUUAAGUGAAUCAGAAAAAACAAAGAAAUCUAUUCCUGAAACUAUUAAUUAUCAUAUGGAUAGAUAUAUUAAUAACAUGGCAUGUGAUAAUUCAAUUUUUACAAAUGCGGGAUCAAUAUUAAAAGCAGAUGGAUCACCAUCUCAUCAUUAUCCAAGUUUCACAUAUACGGAUAAUGAUAUAUACGUAAAACAACAAACAGAUGAGAGUUUCGCAUUUAAUAAUUUAUUCAUAUUUAAAGGAAUGAGUCAAUCGAAAGGAGAGUAUAUAAAAGCUAUAAUUGUACUUUCUUUAUUUAAAUUUAAUUCACUUAAAUUAAUUGAAAAUAUAGAAUUAAUUGGUAAUUCGUGGUAUAAUAAUAAUCAAAUUACCAUGAAAUGUUAUGCAGACAAAAAUUAUAAAAAUGACUUCAUAGAAAGUUAUAAUUUAGAAAAAAAUUCAGUAUAUUUCGUUUGUGAUAAUGUAUAUACUAAGUAUCAUAAAAGUGAUGUAUAUGAAUUUAAUAAAUUUUUAAUUAGUUUUGGAAAUGAUGGAAAUAUUACAAGACAUAUGUAUCAAGAUAUGCCUAUUAGACCUCUUUAUAAAAUAGCGAACAAACCAUUAAUGACUCCAUUAGAAGAACCAUCUAUAAAAAUACAGCUUAUAAAUGAUAAUUUAGAUACAAGUCAUAUUAUGUAUUCUGUUAACGUAAAUGGAAAUAUUUUAUUAGACAAAGAUCCAUAUGCUGUAAUUAAGCCAAUUUUUACUUCAGAUUCAUAUUUGUAUAACACAAGUAUCAGUAUUUAUGAUGACUAUGUUACUUAUAAAUAUCCCAGAAAACCAAAAUAUUCAGAAUUCUUAGAUCUCCCUAUUAGCAAAAAUAUAUUUAAAGGUGAUUCACUAAAUAUGUCAGUAGGAAAUAUAAAUGAAACAAAUAAUAAAAUUGAUAAUGUUUACGUUUUAAAGAUGGUUAAAAGUUUUAAUCUAUUAAGUUUAAUUAUAAGGGAUAUGUUUAAUAACGAAUAUGUUGCUGAUUUGACAAAAAUGCAAGUAAUGAAUAUUGAUCAUGCCAUAUCUCAUUCUGAGGAUGAAUAUGAAGAUCACUUUAUGCAACCACAUAAAAAUAUAGAUAAUAAUGAAACGGAAGAAACUAAUAUUCCACAGGAAGAAAUUGAAGUUGAAGAAGUAAAUCAUACAACAAAAGAAGAUGAAAAAACAAAACAUUUAGAUAAUAUGGUACCUUUGUUUAGGAUGGCAUAUCUAUUCAGAAUAGAAAAUAUAGAUAUAAGUAUAAUAUCUGAGUCUGAAAAGCUAUCUUAUUUUAAAGUAACAGCUGAUUCAGGCUUAAACGAAGAUGUUGUAGAUUUAUCAAUUGAUGAAGAUAGCCAUAAAAUAAAAUCAAUAAGGCAUCGCUCAAUAGACUCAAAUUUAUUAGAUAACAUAUUUGAAAAAAUGAAUGAUAAAAAAAAAUUUCAAAUAGGAAAUUAUGUGAUAAAAAUUUUUAGUAUUAAUUUUUAUACAAUUAUGGUUCCCAUAGGAAAAGAAAAAGAAGUAACAGUAGAAUAUAUUGAUGGAGAUGAAGUAGAAAAAAUUAAUAAAAUAAUUGAAGAUAAUAAUAAACAAAAAAAUUUGGGAAAUUCUAGUUCAAAUAUAUCAAAACUAGGAAUAUCAGAACCAGAAAAAUUAAAGCCAGAAAUAAAUGAAAAUUUAGAUAGUCAAGAUGAAAACGCAACUUUUUUUAGAAGUUUAUAUUAUCCGAUAAGUGUUAAAAGGUUAGAUGAUAAUUCAUUCAAUAUGGGAGUAAUUUUAUAUACAGGAUCAGUUUCCGAAAAUAAAUAUAAUAUACAAGUUAAAAAUGGAGAAUAUAGCGGAACAUGCAUAAGUGGAAAGUGUAAUUUGAACUCAAAGGAUCUUAAAGAAUUUAUGAAUGUAGUUUCUAAACAAAUUAUGGAUGGAACGUAUGAAUUAAACAUUAAAAAGCACAUAAAAAUAGAUAACCAGAGAGAUCAAGAACCAUUAGGAAAUCUUGAUAUUCCUAUUAUUCUUAAUCGAAAUAAUAAAAUAAAUACAAAUAUGGAUAAAAACUGGAUUAAAAUUAAUAUAAGUGGUUCAACUUUUUUCGAGAAUAAACGAUUUACAGAAACGUUUACGUUAGAAGGAUAUAAUAUAAAAAAAGGAUUAUUUGAAAUAUUUUCUACAGGAGAAAAAUAUAUAAUGAGACAAAAUUUAGAUAAAAAUGAAAGUUUGACAUUAGGCGAACUUAAAGAAAUAAUACUAAUAAUUGGAUAUGAACUACCACGAGGUGAGUAUACAAUAUAUAUUGAAAAAAUUGAUACUGAAUCUUAUAUAUAUAAUGAUAUAAAUCAAUAUAAUGAUAAUAGAGACAAUGUAAAUAGAAAUGUAGUUAAAGAAGAUAUUGUUUCUUUUAGAUCCACUGUAAAAAUAUUAGAUGAUGGAAACCAUAAAGGUUAUUCUUUAAAAAAAAUAGUAGAAGGGAAUGAUAAGGAUAUGCAAACGGGAGAAUAUUUUGUACAAGUUAAUAAUGAAAUAUAUAAUACAACAUCUAUAAAAGGUCCACCUAUAAGUGAAGAAAAAAUGAAAUCAAUUAUUCAAAAUGCAUGGAACUCGAAGGAUAGUAUACUAAUUUCUUAUUAUGUGGAAAUUUUUAAUGGUGAAGAUAUACUUAAAAAUUGUAUAGAUAAAAAUGAACAAGAGUAUUUUCUUAUUAUAAAUACUUUAAGUGAUAAAGAAGACACAAUUCAUAAUACGGAAAAUAUAAAAUUUUUUGGAAAAAAUAUAGAAAAUGGAGACUACCAUGUAGAUGUUUUCGAUAAUACAUACACUUCUAAACCAGUAUCAGGGCCUCCUUUGAAUUCUAAAAUUAUUGAAGAAUUAAUGGCAUUAUCAUAUAAAAAAGCUAAUGGUAAAUUUUUUAUAAGUAUCAGGAAAAAAGAUAAUAUAUGUAAUACAAUUAGAGAAAAAGAGAAAACAAUUACGGCAAGAUGCGUAGGUGAUCAAACAGGAAAUAAUUAUGUUUAUAAAUUAGAUGAUCAUGAAAUGAUAGAAAAUUUAGAUGUAGGUCUAUAUCAAAUAAGUAUAUCUCAAGAUGGAAAAUGCAAUAUUGAGGGAAUACACCAUAAUGAUACGGAAGAAAAGGUAUGCAAAAUAUUUAAUGAUUUACGAAAUAAAUUAUCAUGUGAUAAUUAUCAAAUUCAAGUUGAGACUAAAAUUAAGGAAGAAGUUUAUAUUCCUUAUAGUAACUUUAAAGAAACAAUCCCAAUUUAUAUUAGUCCAAGUCAUAAUUCUUAUAAUACAAACUUACCAUCUCAUAUAAAAUCACAAACAUAUUCAAAUCCAACUGAAUAUAAAGACAAGGAUAGUAACAGAACUACGGCAUACUAUCAAGCACAAAAUAAUGGAAGUAGUAUAAAAACAACUCUUUGUUCAUCUCCAGUUAGCUCUAGCUGUAAGAACAAUUUACGAAAUAGUAAAUAA